AUGAAGGCUCUGGACGCGGGAUGCGGAGACGGCGGACCAAUGCGAGCGAUCGCGGCGAAGUCCGGAGCUAAUGUUACUGGGGUUACUAUUAACGAGUAUCAAGUGGAGCGUGCUCAGCAGCACAAUGCCCGGAGAGGAUUGGACAACCUGUGCACGGUGGUUCAAGGAAACUUUCUUGAGCUGCCGUUUGAGGAUAACAGCUUCGAUGCUGCUUACUCUAUCGAGGCUACCUGCCAUGCUCCAAAGCUGACGGACGUCUACGGCGAGAUCUUCCGCGUGCUGAAGCCCGGCCAGAUGUACGCGACGUACGAGUGGGUCAAAACGCACAAGUACGACCCUGACAACAAGGAGCACGUUAAGAUUAUUGACGACAUCUGCUACGGAAACGCGCUCCCGGAGCUCCGGUCUUACAAGGAGAUCGUGGAAGCUGCUGAAGCCGUGGGGUUCGAGGUUAUCGACAACAGGGAUGUCGCAGCUCCUCCUGCUCUUCCCUGGUGGACUCGCCUCAAGAUCGGCCGGAUCGCGUAUGCUCGCAAUCACUUGCUUGUGAAGAUCGUGUCGAUGCUCAACAUUGCUCCCAAGGGAUUGGUGGACGUUCACAACAUGCUGACUACGGUCGCUGUGCACCUGACACCCGUCCCCUCCUUCGCGCUUUCCCCGACUUUCCGGUCCCUCAUUUACUCAGUCCUUCUCUCUUACACCCGAAACCCAAAACCCUUGGCCGCUUCUCCUCUUCCUGUGCACCUCCUUCACCCUUCCCCUUCCCUUCCCCCUUUACCGAUCCCUCACCGCGCCAUUUCUUUAACUCUCUGCCCUCUUCAACUCCACCCCUCCCCUCAUCAACCCCGCCUCCCUCCUCCACCCCUCCUAUUCCCUCUUUCACCCCUCCUCUUCCCUCUUCCACCCCUCCUCUUCCCUCUUCCACCCCUACUCUUCCGUCUUCCACCCCUCCUCUUCCCUCUUACACCCCUCUUCCCUCUUACACCCCUCCUCUUCCCUCUUACACCCCUCCUCUUCCCUCUUACACCCCUCCUCUUCCCUCUUACACCCCUCCUCUUCCCUCUCCCCCUCCCCUUAUCCCCUCCCCUUAUCCCCUCCCCCACUCAUCCUGGUGGUUUUUCUUUCUUUCUCCCUUCAAUGCUGCUGCCCACUCUUUCCCCUUCUCCGUUCCUCCCAUCUCGUUCUCCAUUCCCUCUUCUCGCCCGUCCCUCCCUCUCCUUAUCUUCCUCCGAUACACACUCCUUCCUUCCUGCCUCCAUUCACUUGUCACUCGCCCUCCUUCCAUGCAUCCGCUUGUUUUCUUUCUCUCUCCGUCACUCACUCUCUCCCCCCCUCUCCCUCUCUCUCCUCCCUCCCUCCGUCCAUUCGUCCCUCUGCUCCCUCCGUAUAUGCAACCAUCGAAUCUUCAUUCAUUCUGCUCCCCUCUCUCUCCCUCCCUCCUUCCCCCCUUCCCUCCUUGCAUCCAUCUCUCCAUCCCUUCGUCCCAUCACUUUGCCCUAUACUUUCAUCCCUAAUACCUCCUUCCUGACCUCCCUCCCUACACUCUCCUCCUGUCCUGUCCUCCCUCCCAACCUCCCACACCUCUCUCACUCAUGUCCUUUCCUCCCCACCCCACCCUUCUGGACAUCCCACUCCCGCUCCUCUACUUUCGGCCUCCUCUCCCUCGCACCUGCCUACCCACACAAUGCAUCUGCCAGCCUCUCCCUCCCUCCUCCUGCCACCCCGCCCUUCUGGACAACCCACUUUCAGUCCUCUACUUUCGGACUCCUCUCCCUCGCACCCGCCUACCCGCACAAUGCGUCUGGGCACUCCCUCCUCCCAAGCUCUACUACCUAUGCAUAUGUACAGCAUGCAUGUGUGCUUAAGGUCGCACACAUGCAGAACAGGGUAGCUGUGCCGGCUUUGACCAGAACCAUUUUUUUGCUGCAUACUUCAGGAUAG